AAAUGUGCAUAAUUAAAUCGUUAAGCUGUAAAUAGUCACUCAGAGCGGUUCCGAGAAACCUCCUGAGUCUGUUCACAGUGGUGCUGAUAGGAACCAGACGUCCACCUCUAAAAGCCCCCUCACUGAAAGUCACUGCCUGAUGACUGAGACAGUUUGGGAUAAAGUUUUGCCUCCAAAUGUAAUUAAUCCAUUCAUUUUAAUCCAUUCACGGUGAGGGAUACACGGAGGAUGUUGUAAGACGACAUGGUAAAUAAGUGUUUUGUUGUACACACAUAAAAAGAGGUUGUCCUUUAAGGGUUCUUUAAAAAAACAAUGACUGAUUUUAAUGAGACGUAACGUGUGGUGUAAUUUUCCCCCGGACCCUAAGCUCCAGCCAAUCCCGUGCCUCGGUGGGCGUGGCCUGCGCCGUGGCCGCCGUGGUUCCGUGUGGAAACUUUGCCGGUCCGGGUGCAAAAAGUUUUGAUCCGUCUGCAAAGCGAGCCGCGCGGACACGGAACCGGAGCACAGCGGCGCGUGAGGAAAAAGGGAAGAAGGAGAGGAAAGUGCGCGAGCGAGCCGGCGUGCCUUUAAAAAAGGAAGAGAAGGCGCGUGCUACAGCUCGAGCGCCGGACCGUCGCUAGGCUAAGCGGCUCGCGGGAGGAGGUAGAAGGGCGGGCACGAUGGCGGCGUGCGAGCCGAACCGCGCGCGCCUGCUGUGCAUGCUGUCGCUGACUUUCGGCUUCUUCGUGGUGGAGGUGGUGGUGAGCCGCUGGACGGCGUCGCUCGCGAUGCUCUCGGACUCCUUCCACAUGCUCUCCGACGUGAUCGCGCUGGUGGUGGCGCUCGUGGCCGUGCGCUUCGCCGCGCGCACCACCGCCACCGACAAGAACACGUUCGGCUGGAUCCGCGCGGAGGUGAUGGGCGCGCUCGUCAACGCCGUCUUCCUCACCGCGCUCUGCUUCACCGUGGUGCUCGAGGCCGUCGAGCGCUUCACCGAGCCGCACGAGAUCGAGUUCCCCCGCGUGGUGGUGGUGGUCGGCGCCCUGGGGCUCGCGGUCAACCUUCUGGGGCUUUGCAUGUUCCGCGGGCACGCGCACGGAGGAGGAGGACACGGGCACUCGCACGGCGGCGGCGGAAAGAAGGGCAAGAAGACGACCACCGGCAACAAGACCACCAAAAGCGGCAACAACGCCGCGGAGGAGACCAACAACCUGGUACCGGGAACCGAGAGGAGAGAACGGACAGGCUCAUCUCAUGGCGAAUGCGUAGACGUCCAGCUGAAUGGCAGCGCCUCCUACGAUGACCCAGAGCAUGACCACAGCCAUGAUUCGGCCUCACAGCUCAACAUGCGGGGCGUUUUCCUGCACGUUUUGGGCGACGCUCUAGGCUCCGUCAUCGUCGUUAUCAACGCCACCAUAUUCACCUUCAUGUGGCAGCCGUGCGAGCCCGGGGUGCCCUGCAUUAACCCCUGCAUUAACAGCCACUGCACUGACCACCGGCACAUCAACCGCACAUUGGUGGAGUUGCAGGAUGGUGACCAUGGAAACCAUAGCGACCUGCAGGACAUGCAAACACCUCUGGCCAGAGCUGGACCGUGCUGGGUACUUUACCUGGACCCUACGUUGUGUGUGAUUAUGGUUUGCAUCCUGCUGUAUACCACAUAUCCACUUCUGAAGGAGUCUGCGCUGAUCCUGCUGCAGACGGUGCCCAAGCAGAUCGACAUGCACAGCCUGAAUUCGAGGCUGAGGGAGCUGGAGGGCGUUCUGGCCGUCCACGAGCUGCACAUUUGGCAGCUGGCCGGCAGCCGCAUCAUCGCCACUGCGCACAUCAAGUGCCACGACCCUGCCACCUACAUGGACGUGGCCAAGCGCAUCAAAGCCUUCUUCCACGAUGAAGGAAUCCACGCCACCACCAUCCAGCCGGAGUUCGUCACCGUCAACUCCGAGUCGCGCGCGUCCCUCUGCGAGCUGUCCUGCAGGACGCAGUGCGCUCCCAAAUUCUGCUGCGGCUCCGCCGACGGCCCCAAGCCGGCUGAAAUCGCCGGGGCGGCGGGCCAGAAGGCAAUCGCUGCGGCCGCCUCCACCACAGCCAUGCUGGAGGUCAUCAACGAAUCGUUGGAAAACGCUGUGAGGGACCAGGAGAUCAAAGGUCAGGGGGCGCCCAAGGCCGAGGAGGACGUGAUCGUCGCCAGAGAGGUGGAGUCGUCCUUAUAAAAGAGAGAAAGAAAGAAAAGGAGACAAACCGUGCAAUCUUGAAAGGGGCCACUGAAAUCUGCAAUGCCUUUGAAUGGACCUGAACUGUCAAAGAAGCACUCAUUUACACGAGAGGAAGACCUGCUGUGACCAGAGGAGGCUUCUGCUGUUAACUGUUCAAACCAAACCUACUUGCACAUGAGCCACACACACUCACAUAUACACAGUACUGUCUGAAAGUCUUAGGAGUGAAAAGCUAUUUAUCUGGACAGCGUUAUUUUGUAAAAAAAAACAAAACAAAACAAUAAUAUAAGAAUGAAUACAGCGUAAUGAGCUGUUACUUUGGGUUCUCCUCAAGGAGGCCCAUCAUUAUUUGUAGUCAUCCUCCAGUACCUGGCUUAACUAAUCAGUACUUCAUCAUGCUGUCAGGUGCGCUGCUGAUGGAAUCGAAUAGAAAUCCCUGGGUUAGUGUUCUAACCAUCAGGUGCUUGUUUAUUUUUUUCUUACGUUGAUUAGUUUUUAUUACAUGGCAUAUUGACAUUCAGGAGCUUAUGAGGUGCCUAAUACCUUUGCACCGUGUGUGUGUGUGUGUGUGUGUGUGUGUGUGUGUGUGUGUGUGUGUUUACACACACAGAUAUACAGUACUGUGUAAACGUUUUAGGCACCUGAAAAUUGGACCUGAAAGCGGUUUAUCUGUGAAUUUUCUUAGAAAGUCACUAAUAUUAGAAUAAAUCUGAAUAGCAUUAAAACAGUAAGCAGUGAUUUUAUAUCCGGCUGUGUGCUCGUUUGUCCAUUUUCAGGUUUCUGCUCAGCGUUUUGUGGUGGUUUUAUUUAAUCCGUACUUCGUGGUUAAAUCAGACUGUGAACGGAUUCCUGCGCCGGAGGAAUCGGGAACUAAACUUUCUUAUUCAAGUUUGCUGGUGAUGUUGGCUGCAUUUUCAAAAAUGAGAAAUUCUCGUUACUUUUUACUGUGUUUGUGUCUGUCUGUAUUUAUUCUGAUGAUAUGCAGUCGUGUGCAAAAGUUUUGGCGCCCCGACAAAUUGCAUGAAACCUGGCCCCCCUCAAGCGAAAGCAAAGUAAGGCAUCCACUACGCAGAGAACACGUCUGCACAUGUUAAUGCAAGCAAAAUGUGGCCUGUGCAAAGGUUAUGGUGAGUUUUAUGUUUAAUGUUUUUUUUUUUUAUAUAUUUUCACACAGUAUGUUGAACUAGGGCAAAAGAAAGUGGAAAAGUGGACAAAUAUCAUAUUUAAGUGUGUUCUGUGUGGAGGAUGUGUUGACUUAUUUAACAUAGAAAAUUAAGAAAAGCGUAUCGGUUGAGUGGAGGUCUUCAAAGUUUAGCAAAUGGCUAAAGGCGGAAAAAUACACUUACUAAAAAUGAUAGUACUGAGAUUUCUGCGCAGUACUGUGUAGUGUGUGUGUGCGUGUGUGUGUGUGUGUGUGUGUCAUAUACAUAUAUACAUAUGAUGCACAUGCUCAGUCUAAGCCACCUCCGGACGUUGGUGAGAAAUCUGCUGCGAUGUUUCUGCUGUUGACUCUGAUUCUCUCUCACCUCUGGACCACGAGCCCUCACUGCCAGUUACCGUGGCAGCAGAACUGAAGCUUAUAUUCUGAAUGACCUCUGACCUCGGGCCACUGAAGCAGGGCCUGUUGCGUGUGUGUGUGUGUGUGUGUGUGUGUGUGUGCAGUCAUGUUGUCCAAAUCUGUGUGAGUAUGUAUGCCAAAGCUUCUCUGUUCAGAAGUUAGAGCUCCUGCAUCUUCUCUUGUGGAUCUCGUGCAACAAACACAUGCAAACUGCGAGUAGAGCUGCUGGCCCAAGUUUUAGGACUUUUUUUACUACUACAGUUAUUAUUAUUAUUAUUAUGAUUAUUAUUAUUAUUAUUGUUGCUGUUAUUAGUAAUAUUGUCAUGAUUACAUUUCCCCUCCCCCGUUCCCUCACCCUCUGUAAACAGUUUUAUUUUCUCUGCCGCCUGCAGUUUUGUGGUGGAGAUAAUUUAUGUAUUUAAGUUAUUUAGUGAUUUAAAUAUUUUCUUUCCAGAAGCUUUUAUAAUAUUUAGAUUUGCUGAGUAAAAUGGGGAAAAAAGGACGUGGGCAAUUUCCCCACCUCUUGUAAAACCGACAACUAUGCUGUAGAUUUUUUUUUUUUUUUUUUUUUUUUUUUUUUAGUAGUUGUGAUUUUUAAACUUUGGUGUUCAGACUUGUUUCCUCAAGACACUUUUUUUGGCUCGUCUGUUUGUUUUUGGGUCAGAUCCUUUGUAUUUAGGUCCCGACUGCAGUGUCAGUACAAGUUCACCAAGCCUAUAAUUCAGAAUAGUUAGAAAUAACACUGAAAUGAGUUUAGAGUAGCCACUGUGUUUCGCCUUCUACGGAAAAGCUGACGCCCCAGCGAGUCGCACUGUUGUGUCACUUGAGCAGAAGUUCGUUUCGGUCAGUCAGCCGAUGCUGGAAUGUUUGUGUGUGGAGGGGAAAUUGCGCUGUUGCAUCUGUUUUAGUUCCUCGCUGUGUUUUUAAGGGACCUCGUCAGCUUUAGCUCAAGUUUCUCUGAAAACAUUCGUAUGGUGGCUUUGCAUGACCAAACUUUAGGUAGCUUAGUGACCAGAAUGCGGAGCUGGAAAGUGAAUGACACUAUUGAUUGAACCAAAACAUGAAGACUCCAGGUCUUGGGGGGGUUAUGGUGGGAUUUUGAAUUUGGGGAAAGGGUAUUUGUGUAUUCUUAUUAUUUUCUUUUAUUUUAUUUUUUUUGUAUGAAUGCACUGAAAAAAGUAUUGCAUUGAAUUUACGAUGAUCUCAAUAUGUACAUCAUUUCUAUAUGAAUACAGUUUAUACAUGAACAUAAUUACUGCCAAAAUACAUAAACUGAAAAGCAGAAUUGUCAGUCAUAGCUGAGUGAUAUAUCACAUGUAUCUUUAUAUUAUUAAACUGUUUUUGAUUUCAGUUUCACUGAUAUGUUUAAUAAAUAAGGAACAUUAUGCUUUAAUGUCCAUAAAACAACCGUGGCUUUUCAGUUCUAUCCUGUGCACCUUGAUCAUGAUUGAUUUAAAGGAAUUGUUUAAAAUCCAUAAACAAGAUUAAAUAUUAGGUUUUCUUUCAUGUAAAUAUGCUUAACUUUUACUGUACUGUACAAAUGUAUUCAUCUUAACUUAAUUAGACCACAUCCAUUCUGUAAAUGUGUACAGGUCAGAUUCGAGCUGAUUCUUUCAUCUGAGUGAUUGGGAAUGGGGGUGUACCUUAUCAUGUGGGGGCUUCCCCUCAAGUUGCCCUGUAAUCUCGGAUUUUAUGGGGAAUUACCGACUUUAGACAGUGCUAAAAAAAAAAAAACUUGCUGUAAAAGCAGUUAAGAGGCAUUCUGGUAUCCCUGAGCGUACGCUGUAUGUACAUAUCUAUAUAUUUGUGUUCGUAUGGGGUCCUCUGGCUCCUGGGGUCCCUAAGUGUCUGCCUCUCCUCAAAAAACCUGCUAUAAUAGCAGUUAACCCCUUAAAACCUCAGACAUGGUCCAUACUAAAGCCUAUUAUUCAGUAACUACAGGGAUUACAAUGCAAGGUAGCCGAGUUAUAGGAGUGUGUAGUUAAACUGUGGACCCCCAGGUGAGUCCAGUCUUGUACAGAAGUUUGGGCACCCCCUGAUAAAUAACAUGGUCUGUUGAUUUUCUAACUUUUCACCAAUAUGUUAAACUCAGCAGAUAAACAGUUAUUGUAAGUUAAAAUUUGCUGAAAAAUGUCAGCAUUCGCCAUCGCAUGCCAUGCCACGUUAUAUUUAGAAAUGAUUGUGAUAUUCAGUUUUUAUCAAUAUUUGCCCAGCUCUAACGUUUCUGUUCACAUGGAAAUGAUAUACAUGUUUGAAUCGGUUCACUUUUUUUAGUGCGCAGAAGGACAGGUCCUGUAUUUUUCAGCCUGCGGAAGUAAUGUGUCCGGUUUAAAUCAUUAACCACAGCAGCGAGGCUCCCUAUACCUGAAAAGCUGGUGCGGCUGUGCAUGCCAAAGCUUAAAGGUUCGAAUGUGUGCAUUUUAAGGCUUUUUCGGUGUCCCAGUGUGAUGUGAUAUCCCAGCUGUAACGGCUUGAGCUGGUCUUGAGCUAAAGUCACUCUCCGUACAGCCUCCCAUUAACAGCUCAAUGGCCUGCUGCUGAACUGUUGGUGUUAGUGGACACCUAAAUGAAUGUUUUGCACACAUUUCUGAACAUUUAAACCCUCCGCAUGAGAUCUUUCCUCAUUAUUACCCACUUUUGGUAUAAGAUGGACUCGCUGAGCAGUUUUUAAAAAAAAAAACAAAAAACAAAAAAACCUUCCCGUCAAACUUGGUCCAUAAAUACACGGCCUGUCCUGUGGAGUUCUGAUCAUUCCCUGCACUAUUGAAUUAUGAAAUGGUAAUUUUAUGGAUGCAUUUUAGAUUCUCAAAGCAAACAUAUGCAAUGUGCUGAACUACAUAAGCGUGUUGGACUCUUGCCUUUGUCAUAGCUCAUAGUUACUUUGACUUUUUUUAUUUUAUUUUGGACAAUACAGCAAAGAUGCGCACACAGCCUCCGAGUUCUCUCUGUGCUUAUUAUAGUUCUGAGGAUUUUAGGGUUUAGAGUAGAACGUAGAACACCAGCUGUUUCUGAUAUGUUCAUGUUCAGAUUUGUUCUUGUGAAUUAAACAUGACUGGUAUCAUUA